GUCGUCCGGUGAAGAGGAAUGGACCAGAGCAGGUCGCAGCAGGGAAGAGAUGGGCGGAGGAGGGAGGAGAGCGAGAGCAGGGAGAGGGGUGUAGAGAGGAAGGGGUCACAGAGAAGAGCUUGGGUGCUGCCACAAACACACGCACACAGCAGCACUGCCCCGCUCUCAUGCCUGCUCGCCCCACUCCCACACCUGCUCGCUCUGCUCUCGAAGAAAGCUGCACCAGUGUGUUCCCGUUGCCCUGCUUCCCCUGCUUCCCCUGCCCUCCUUGCCCUCCCAUGCACCCCCUCCCUCGCUCCCACCCCCCACCUCUCAUGCCCUAG